AUGGAGUCUAUCUUUACUCUCUUGCAUGUGGUGAUGGCCAUCAUCAAUUUUUCCAGUACAAAUGGAACUUUUUGUAACCUGCAAGGAGAGCCGGUAUACCCACAACUUUCUAGGGAUGGUGAUAUCAUAAUUGGAGGGAUUUUCCCCUUUCAUAGGAGUUGGGAAAUCACAGAAGUGUCAUAUAUGGUCAAGCCAUCACCACUGAAUUGCAUGAGUCUUGAUUUCAGAACCUUCCAGUUUUCACAGUCCUUGAUCUUUGCAAUAGAAGAGAUCAACAACAAUUCCUCUUUACUCCCGGGUAUAACACUGGGCAUCAAGCUCUAUGACACAUGUGGUUCCACGGCUACGGGGGUUAGAAUGGCUAUGGCACUUGUUAAUGGGAAUGAGAACUCAACCUUAAAUGAUCAAUGCACAAAGCCAGCACAGGUGCAAGCCAUAAUUGGAGAAGCACAUUCAACAGUGUCAAUGGCUAUUGCAAAGAGUGUCGGACCUUUCAGCAUUCCCUUAAUCAGUCCUUAUUCCACCUGUGAGUGUCUCAGUGACAAAAGGAAAUACCCCUCUUUUUUGCGCACUAUUCCCAGUGAUUACUACCAGAGCAGAGCACUGGCAGAGAUGGUCAAACAGUUUGGCUGGACCUGGGUGGGCGCAAUCAGAAGAGAUGAUGAUUAUGGUAACAAUGGGAUGGCUGCAUUUACUGAAGCAGCAGAACAGCUGGGCAUUUGUUUAGAAUAUUCCCUUCCAUUUUUUACAACCUACUCACAAGAAAAAGUGCUGAGAAUAAUCCAGCAGGUCAAAAGCUCUACUUCUCGAGUGAUUAUAAUAUUUGUCCCUUAUUGGGACUUGGAGAUUUUGCUGAAUGUGUUUUAUGAGCACAACAUCACUGGAUAUCAGUGGGUGGGAACUGAAGGUUGGAUCUCUGAUUCAACUGUAGCCAGACUGGAUAAGCACAAAAUACUGCAAGGAGCCAUAGGGCUAGCUAUACCCAAAACAACAGUGACGGGUCUGAAGGACUUCAUUUUGGAAAUACAACCACUGAAAUCUGCAGGCAGUGCCAUUUUUACUGAAUUCUGGGAGGCUCUGUUUAAGUGCAAAUAUACAGUGCAGAAUGACUCAAAAGAUAUAAUCAUGUGUACAGGACAGGAGAAACUGUCUGAAAUGGAAAAUGAAUUCACAGACAUGACCCUGAUGCCCAUUUUCAAUAAUGUAUAUAAAGGAGUAUAUGCUAUUGCCCACACACUAAACAGCCUCCUCAACUGCACGCAAACAUGUCCUACAAAGAAGCAGCCUGAUCCUUUCACUUUUCUGGAACAUCUGAAAAGAGUGCGCUUCAAAACCAAAGAUGGCGAAGAGGUUUAUUUUGAUAAAAAUGGUGAUCCUGCGGCUAAAUAUGAAAUAAUAAAUUGGCAAACUAUUGAAGAUCACCAUGAGUUUGUCACUGUUGGACUUUAUGACUCUUCUUUCCCUGCUCACAAUCGAUUAGCUGUAAAAAUGGCUUCCAUUGUGUGGGCACAAAAUACAAAUCAGGUGCCGGUGUCUGUGUGCAGUGAGAGCUGCCCUCCAGGCACCAGGAAGGCUGUGCAGAAAGGAAAGCCAGUCUGCUGUUUUGACUGUAUACCAUGUGCUGAAGGAGAGAUCAGUAAUAUGACAGAUGCAAUUAAAUGUGAACAAUGCCACCAAGACUACUGGUCAAAUCCACAUAGGAAUGAAUGUGUAAAGAAGGAAAUUGAGUUCUUGUCGUAUGAGGAAACGAUGGGAAUUUUGCUGACAGCUGUUUCAAUUAUUGGUACAGUUCUGACAAUAAUAAUAGCAAUUAUAUUCUUUAGAUAUAAAAAUACCCCAAUAGUCAAAGCUAAUAACUCAGAGCUGAGUUUCUUAUUGCUCUUCUCUCUGGCUCUGUGUUUCCUCUGUUCACUUACUUUCAUUGGUCGGCCCUCUGAGUGGUCCUGUGUGCUGCGUCACACAGUGUUUGGGAUCACCUUCGUCCUCUGCAUCUCCUGUGUUCUGGGGAAAACAAUAGUGGUGUUAAUGGCCUUCAGAGCUACACUUCCAGGCAGUAAUGUCAUGAAAUGGUUUGGGCCUCCACAACAGAGACUCAGUGUUCUUGCUUUCACUCUCAUACAGGUCCUAAUAUGUAUUCUUUGGUUAACAACAUCCCCUCCUUUCCCCGUCAAAAAUCUAAAGCACUACAAGGAAAAGAUCAUUCUAGAAUGUGGAUUAGGUUCAGCAGUAGGUUUCUGGGCUGUGCUGGGUUAUAUAGGACUGUUGGCUCUACUGUGUUUUGUUUUAGCUUUUUUGGCUCGGAAGCUGCCUGAUAAGUUUAAUGAAGCCAAGUUCAUCACAUUCAGCAUGCUCAUAUUCUGUGCAGUUUGGAUCAGCUUCAUCCCAGCUUAUGUCAGCUCUCCUGGAAAGUUCACUGUCGCUGUGGAGAUAUUUGCCAUUUUGGCCUCAAGCUUUGGUUUGCUGUUCUGUAUCUUUCUUCCAAAGUGUUACGUAAUCAUAAUGAAACCAGAAAAGAACACUAAGAAACAAAUUUUGGGUAAAGUGCCAGUGAAUGUCAUGGUGGCUCCGGUCCAGCAGGGGGCUCAACCUAUAAAGGCUGGAUUACAACCAGGUGGAAGCGUGAGGCGAGAGAGUUACACGCUGUUGCUUUCUGGUUCCCUGUCCACCAACUUGAGUAACGCUUAUGCUUCAUUAGAGAGAAUGGAGUCUCUCUUUACUCUCUUGCAUGUGGUAAUGGCCAUCAUCAAAUUUUCCAGCACAAAUGGGACCUUCUGUAGCCUGCAAGGAGAACCUGUAUACCCACAACUUUCUAAGGAUGGUGAUAUUAAAAUUGGAGGGAUUUUCCCUUUCCACAGGACUUGGGAAAUCACAGAAGUGUCAUAUAUGGUCAAGCCAUCACCACUGAAAUGCAUGAGUCUUGAUUUCAGAACUUUCCAGUUUUCACAGUCCUUGAUCUUUGCAGUAGAAGAGAUCAACAACAGCUCUUCUUUACUCCCUGGUGUUUCACUGGGCUACAAGCUCUAUGACACAUGCAGUUCCACGCCAAUGGGGGUGAGAAUGGCUAUGACACUUAUUAAUGGAAAUGAAAACUCAAACUUGAAUGAGCCCUGCACAAAGCCAGCACAGGUGCAAGCCAUUAUUGGCGAGACACACUCACCAGUAUCAAUGGCAAUUGCAAAUAGUGUUGGAUCUUUCACCUUUCCAGUGAUGAGUCACUAUUCCACCUGCGAGUGUCUCAGUGACAAAAAGAAAUAUCCCUCAUUUCUUCGCACUGUUCCCAGUGAUUACUACCAGAGCAGAGCACUGGCAGAGAUGGUCAAGCACUUUGGCUGGACAUGGGUAGGUGGAAUCAGAAGAGAUGAUGAAUAUGGUAACAAUGGGAUGGCUGCAUUUACUGAAGCUGCAGAGCAGCUGGGCAUAUGCUUAGAAUACUCCCUUCCAUUUUUUAGAACUUACUCACAAGAAAAAGUGCUGAGAAUAAUCCAGCAGAUCAAAAGCUCUACUUCUCGAGUGAUUGUGGCGUUUGUCACUUAUUGGGACUUGGAGAUUUUGCUGAAUGUAUUUUAUGAGCACAACAUCACUGGAUAUCAGUGGGUGGGAACUGAAGGUUGGAUCUCUGAUUCAACUGUAUCCAGACUGGAUAAGCACACAAUACUGCAAGGAGCCAUAGGGCUAGCUAUCCCCAAAACAACAGUGACGGGUCUGAAGGAAUUCAUUCUGGAUAUAAAUCCACUGCAGUCUACAGGCAGUGCCAUUUUUACUGAAUUCUGGGAGGCUCUGUUUAUGUGCAAACAUUCGGUGCAGAAUGACUCAGAAGACACAACAGUGUGCACAGGCCAAGAGAAACUGUCUGAAAUGGACAACGAAUUCACAGACAUGUCCCUGAUGCCCAUUUUCAGUAAUGUGUAUAAAGCAGUAUACGCUAUUGCUCAUACUCUACACAACCUUCUGGGCUGCACGCAGACAUGUCCUACAAAGAAGCAGCCUGAUCCUCUCACUUUUCUGGAACAACUCAAAAGAGUGCGCUUCAAAACCAAAGAUGGCGAAGAGGUUUAUUUUGAUAAAAAUGGUGACCCUGUGGCUAAAUAUGAAAUAAUAAACUGGCAAACUAUUGAAGAUCAACAUGAGUUUGUCACAGUUGGAUUUUAUGACUCUUCUUCCCCUGCUCACAAUCGAUUAGCUGUAAAAAUGGCUUCUAUUGUGUGGGCACAAUAUACAAAUCAGGUGCCAGUGUCUGUGUGCAGUGAAAGCUGCCCUCCAGGCACCAGGAAGGCUGUGCAGAAAGGAAAGCCUAUCUGCUGCUUUGAUUGUAUACCAUGUGCUGAAGGAGAGAUCAGUAAUAUGACAGACUCGAUUGAAUGUGAACAAUGCUACCAGGACUACUGGUCAAAUUCACACAGGAAUGAAUGUGUAAAGAAGGAAAUUGAAUUCUUGUCGUAUGAGGAAACGAUGGGAAUUUUGCUAAUAGCUGUUUCAAUUAUUGGAACAUUUAUGACAAUAAUAAUAGCAAUUAUAUUCUUCAGACACAAAAAUACUCCAAUAGUCAAAGCCAACAAUUCAGAGCUGAGCUUCCUGCUGCUCUUCUCACUGGCUCUGUGUUUCCUCUGUUCACUUACUUUUAUUGGUCAGCCCUCUGAGUGGUCCUGUAUGCUGCGCCACACAGCGUUUGGGAUCACCUUCGUCCUCUGCAUCUCCUGUGUUCUGGGGAAAACAAUAGUGGUGUUAAUGGCCUUCAGAGCUACACUUCCAGGCAGUAACGUCAUGAAAUGGUUUGGGCCUCCACAGCAGAGACUCAGUGUUCUUGCUUUCACUCUCAUACAGGUCCUAAUAUGUAUUCUUUGGUUAACAACAUCUCCUCCUUUCCCCUUCAAAAAUCUAAAGCACUACAAGGAAAAGAUCAUUUUAGAAUGUCAGUUAGGUUCAGCUAUAGGUUUCUGGGCUGUGCUGGGUUACAUAGGACUGUUGGCUCUACUGUGUUUUGUUUUAGCUUUUCUGGCUCGGAAGCUGCCUGAUAAGUUUAAUGAAGCCAAGUUCAUCACAUUCAGCAUGCUCAUAUUCUGUGCAGUUUGGAUCACCUUCAUCCCAGCUUAUGUCAGCUCUCCUGGAAAGUUCACUGUUGCUGUGGAGAUAUUUGCUAUUUUGGCCUCAAGUUUUGGUUUGUUAUUCUGUAUUUUUCUUCCUAAGUGUUACACAAUCAUACUGAAACCAGAAAAGAACACUAAAAAACAAAUUAUGGGUAAAGUGCCAGUGAAGUGA